AUUUGAGUCACAUCUCGUGUUAACGUUACUUGGUGAGUAGUGAUGUGGAGGAAUAUUUGUAAGCGUUCUUUGUGUGAUCGGGGACGCUGAGCGUCGGACGAGUGUAAACACGGGUGCGCGGAGCGGCGCGACGUGUCCACGCGCUACGCGGGGAGGGACUCGCGUCACUCGGGCGGCCGCCGCCGCGCGCUCCGCCCGUUCCGCCCGCACGAUGUCGGUGCGCGUAGACCAUCGCGAACGCGACAGGUUCUCGAGACAUUCUUCUCGAGCAUCGGUCGACCUUGCGUUUCCAAGUAGCUCUACGCGAGACCACUCCUUUCGCUCGGUGCAUUCGGCCCGCGUGCCGCGAGCAGCCAGCGAUGACUUGAUGGUGCCAGUGCGCACGUUGCGAUCAGCUUCUUGUCGCGUAGCCCCUGGUGCUCCGCAUCGCUUACGCCGCCACCACUCCUCGGCGGCAGAAUGCGAGCGCGCGCGCCGCUCACGUCGGCACACGCUCGAGUUGCCCAACAGCCGAGGUCCCAGCGUCCGAAGCCGGUCACCCGAGCCGCCGCCGCCGCCGAUCCCGGAGCCCGAGAUCCCGCCCGAGGACGCCGGCAAGGAGGCGCGGAGGCGACGGGUGGUGGCUGCCGUUGCGGCGUCCUUCUUCGCGCUGGCGCUGGCGUCAGUCCUGGUGGUGGUGGUGACGCUGACUCACAGCUCUGUGCUUCGCGCGCACAACCAAACGGCCAAGUACUACACGUUCUCCGUGCCGCCGCACCAUCCUCUCAGUGAGCCCCGUUCAUGUUGCCCCACCGUCGCCCCUCCCGCUUCGCAUGAGACUGUCUCCGACCCUGAGUGCCAGGGGCUGCGAACGUCAACAGGACUUCACAUCCGAUGCGCGCGGCCACCGAAUGUGUUCGGCAGGAGAACGAGCGCAUGAUGCACGACGCCCUGCAGGUGGGCGUUUUAAAUCGCACCCAGUCGUCGGUGGCAUUGCGCUGACGCCGCGCUACUCGCCGCGACCGCGGCUCGAUAACAUCCGACCAGCGGCCGCGCCCCCCGAGGAGCCUGUCGAGCCGGAGCCCGGCCCGCCCGGCAGCACCGACGCCGCCGACGACGCUGAUGCGGCCGCAGCAUUGUUUACGGCGCACGACGGGCCCGCCGCUCUUCGGUACGAGGUGAGCCCCACCGCCGCACCAUACGCCGCCAGCACCACGUGAACCCUGCCGCUGUCUCUCGGCCUGUUCCAAUACUACCGUGUCGACGACGGAUAUACGAAUUGAGAACGCAAAAGUAGCCGGUAGCCGUAGCUCCCGCGCGUAGCUGUGCAGAAUAGCGCGGUAUGUGAACUGAACGAAACAUAGACUUAAGUUGCUCGUUUGAUAUUGAGUGACGAACUGGAUGUAUAGCUAGAUAAUGUGGUAAUGUGAAUAAAUAGUCAAGAUUGAAAAUGUUAAUUGUUGAAAUGUAUCGGAUAGUUUGUAAAAGACAAAUGUCUAUAAUCCACAAUAGUUAUUGUAAUAUUAAUAGUCCUAACAACAAGACCGCGUGUGGAACUAAAGGAAGAAAUUGUAUUAACACUUUGAAAUUUAAAAUGUUUGGAUGCCUAAUAAGGUACUAUAAAUGUUACUGUUUGUAACGACGAUUUUUGGUGAUUUUUACCAAUGUUUAGAUAUUUACGUACGCACUAAGUACCUAUGGUUACAUAAUUUGUAAUACAUUCAUAUGUAAACGAUAAUAUCUUACGGCACAAUUUAAGCGGUAACGCAUAGGCAUUAAAAUAAGAACCAAGCUAGUCCACAAAGAGAUCGAGUCGAAUUUCUUUCUUUAGUUCAGAUAUAGUUUCAAUGUCGAUGUUUACGUGGCGCGUGCCACGAUAGUAACAAUUAAGAACAACGCCUCGAAUAUCUUAGAGGCAGCAUCGUAUAAAUGCCUAUAAUUUUAUUAUAAGAGCACUCUGUUAAUUAAAUACUCUGAUCACAAAACAAUAUAUUUAUUACUAUCGGUAAUCUUUCUAUAUAUAAUAUGUAUGUAUUUGUACCAAAUUGUAAAUGUAAACUGACAGUCUAACAUUUUUUAGUUACAUGUGUAACACAUCAAAUUGUGAACAAAACAAAAGAGCUUUUGAAACUGCGCUUAAUAUCUGUUAAAAUAAGAGCUUUGUAUAGUAGUUGUAGAUAUUAUUCUUAUGUGGUACGACGAGAAUAAUCUUGUCGGUAAAUAGAACCGCAAAAUCAGUGACGUACACUCCAGUGGUUUUGUACAAUGGCGGUCAGAAAAUUGUUACCUUACUAAACGCGUGCCGGACACCCUCGUUCGCACCGGACUUAUUGAAGUUCACUUCACGUUCUCGCGUCCGGCCAAACCCAUAGUGUGAUAGCCAUGAAUAUUUUAAAACAUAAUUUCCGUUCUAACGUUUUCAUUUCAUAUAACUAUUAUGUUUGUUCUUUUUGUAGUUUUUAAAUACAGUCCUUAUGAUUGCAUUUGGAAACAUAUUAGUUUGACUGCUAUUGAACAAACUAACUUUGAUGCAUUUUAAGCACUGAUACAAGCGGUUAGGUAGAUUAUAUUAUUGAAAAUUGUUUGGUGUUAGUUUACUCGUGCCCGCGACUCGAACAUAUUAAUGUUAUUUUUAUUAGUUAACGUCAAUGGAGAGAUUAGUUUUAAAGCUUCAAAAUUUUAUAAAAAGGUUUGUCACCCAUAUGAAUAAAAUCGCACAUUAGAACCAAUUUGUACUAACGUUGUAUUUAUCAGUUUUUAUGGACAUAGGUUCACAAUCAUUUUCAUGGCUUUCUUCUCACAUGACAUUGCCUUCGUGGUAUAAAACGUUUAUGUAACAUCUUAAACGAUGCCACCACAUUAAUUAAUAAGCUUGUCAGGCUGAUAUUAGCAGACAAAUGUGACAAAUGAUCUUAGAUAUUAAUGAGCACUCCAAUAUAUUUCGUAAGCAAUCUUUGUAUGACCUAUUGCUGUGCAUUUAUGAUGUAAGUUAUUCGCAUAUUUAUUGUUAUAUCGUUACAGUAUACGUAUUCAGCUACGAAAUGCGAAUUCUUUUCGCCAUCGAGCAUUAUUGUCAAGUGGCUCUGCAAUAUUGCUAGUUUCAUCAGUUUCAAGUAAAUACGUAUAUCAAUAUGAGAUUGAAAACAUUUCGUGCAGGUACGGGUAAACUGCAAAUUAUUUCUUGCUGAAGACACGGCGAUGUGUGUCCGUGGAGUUUGUGACAUUUUUAAAUAUAAUUUAAUACACAGAACAAAUAUAAUCUUGGUAUUGUUUAUUAAAAUAUUUGCUGUAAUAUUGAAUUUGUUUCUAUUGUGUGUCGCUGUAUUAAAUGUAAUAUAUUAUAAUGAAUUUCAUUUCAACGGUAGCAAACGUUUGGGACCAAAAGCAUUGUCUCUUCGUUUGGAAUUAUUUUUAUUUUGUUCGUAUUGUUAUAACAUAGAACGUUUUUGAGGUGGAAUUGAUCGAUAAUUGUUAAAUGUUACAAGUCGUGUCUUCUGCAGGACAAUAUAUAGAAAAUAUUAAUGUUCCGUGUAACGAAUGUUAUUAUAUGUAAUUGUAUGUUAGACAAGUGCGCCUGAUGUGUCCCACACCUCGAAAAUUUUCUAAAAGUCGCCAUAAGUAAGUGUUUUAAUGUUAUUUUAUUUUCUUUGUUUAUCUUCUAUUAGUACGUAGAUAUAAUGCAUCCAAAAUAAUAAUCACGAGCUUUAUAGUCAGUAGAAUUAUAAGACUACUUACUAAUCGAACAGCUUAGCGUGUAAAUGUUGCUACAUACAUAUUAUAAUAGUGAGGAAAAUUUUCCACGUGUGGGCGACUAAGCUAUCGCUCUACACCUAGUUACGAAUGUGUGUAUCGACAAUUAAAUAUAUGUGAAUUAGUUUAAUUGCGAUUCGCAUCCCCUCCCAUCCUAGUGUGAUACGGUAUGUUACGUGUUCAAAUGUUAUCGUUUGAUUAUAAUCUAUAUCUAAGGCACGGGAUUCAUGUAUUGUGUGUUUAACGGAUUACUCUUUAUGAAGUGCGGGUCGCGCAUAUUCAAUUCCGUUGCGACAAAUUUAGUUUCCGUCGCCAUUUUGAACUAGCAGAUGUCGCAAAUGACUUAAAAAAUCGCUUUAAUGACUUCCAUUAAAGGAUUACUUAUUUCUUUUCCGUAAAUGUGAUUGCGGAUUAGCAACAUAAUCUCUAGAGCUCGACAAGACACAAUACCGAUGGCUCGUACUGUUUUCCAGCGUAUGUGCUUACCGAACUUAUCCGGACACAUUCGUACAUGAAUACCGUGCUUAAUACAUCGCCUUCGAGCGAGCACUGUCAAAGCAUUCAUUCGGCUAUACUAGAGAUCAAUUCCAUAUAUAUAAAACAGGACCUAUUAACAUAAUUAGUGUUAGAAGAAAAAAAUACAAAGAAUUUUAUAGUUGUUUGUUGUAAACAUCAGUUUUAAUUAAUCUAUUUUACAGAAAAAAAUGUUUAAUAAAAUAUCUUUAUAAAAUAAA